UUCAAAUAUGAAAGCAAAAUUCGCAGUCGCCGGCGAACCCGAAGAAGCCCAACUAUAAAUAAAUAAGGGGUCACAAUCGAGAAGAAAUCGAAGAUCCCUUUUCCAGAUGCUCGUCCUCUUCUGUUGCAAAGAAAUGGAAGAUUCUCCAAUAGAAGAGGCCAAAAAAACACAGAGGAAGUUUAUGAUUGAUUUAUAUAUGAGAAUCAAUCAGAGUUGUCUACUCAACCGCAUUCAGUCCAAUCCAGAAGGAAUAGCGAUAACGAUAUAUGCCGCAGAUGACUCUGAUUCAUGCUUCUUCUUCUUCUUCUUCUUCUUCUUCUUCUUCUUGGCUGAGUAGUUGCUUAGACACAGUGAUCUUUGCAAGCUUGAUAUGGUUGAUUUUUCGAAUAGCGAAGCUCUUAUUAUGGUCCAGUCAUAAUGAUGCUUCUGAUUCGAAGCUCCGAGUUCCUCCAGGUAAUCGAGGAUUACCAUUCAUCGGAGAAACCUUACAGUUGAUGAAAGCUGUCAAGAGCAGCAAUGGCGUCCAUGACUUUGUUAGGGUUCGCAGACUUAGGUAUGGAAUCUGCUUCAAAACCAAUGUAUUAGGACAGACCCAUGUUUUUCUUUCGAGCACUGAAUCAGCUAAGGCAAUCCUAAACAAUGAUUCAGGAAGAUUUCCAAAGACAUUAAUUAAGUCAAUGGCAAAGAUAAUGGGACAAGAAAGCGUGUUCAGUGCCCCUAAACAACACAAGCUGAUCCGCAACCAUCUUGCCUACUUUUUCUCUACAAGUUCUGUAUUGCUGUUUAUCAAACAGUUUGAUAAACUGGUUUUAGAUGCACUUGGUAGCUGGGAGCAUAAGGGCACCGUGAUUAUACAUGAUGAAGUAGUAAAGAUUAUCUUGAAGACGAUGUUGAAGAGCAUGAUGAGUUUAGAGAGAGAGGAUGAGGUGGAGAUGAUGCAAAAGGAUAUUGCUACUGUUUGGAAAGCGUUGCCAGCGUUGCCCAUCAUGCUACCUUGGACUAGAUACUAUAAAGGCUUCCAGGCAAGACAAAGAAUCAUGGCCAGAGUAGAGAAAAUAUUUAGUGAAAGAAGAAGCGGCUCAGGAGCUCAUCAUGAAGAUUUUCUCCAACACCUUCUCACAGAAACCCCGUCACUAACUGAUGCACAGAUUAAGGACAACAUCUUAACCAUGAUUAUUGCAGGUCAGGACACAACUGCUAGUGCAAUUGCAUGGAUGGUCAAGUUCUUGGGUGAAAACCAAGAGAUCAUCAACACACUUAAGGCUGAGCAACUUUCCCUGGUAGAAAAUUUUUUGCCUGAGUCAUUCCAAACGCUAGACAAUCUUAAUGACAUGCCUUAUGCUUCAAAGGUUGUUAAAGAAUCAUUAAGGAUGGCAUCUAUAGUACAAUGGUACCCAAGAUUAGUAGUGCAGGACUGUGAGAUUCAUGGAUAUACAAUCAAGAAAGGAUGGAAAGUUAAUGUUGAUGCAAAAUCAAUACACUAUGAUCCUGCAGUGUAUAAAGACCCCAACAAGUUCAUUCCUUCCAGGUUUGAUGCUGAAUCAAAACCAUACAGUUUCAUACCUUUUGGACAGGGAGAAAGGAUAUGUAUGGGGAUGUAUAUGGCUAGGGCUAUGAUGCUAGUCUUUCUCCACCGUCUUGUGGUCACUUACAAGUGGAAGGUGAUUGACUCGGAUUCAAGCAUUUUGAAAGGGGCACCUUUUAUGACAUUAAAAACUGGUUGCCCUAUACAUGUUACUCCUAUUAGGGAAGGUGCUAAAUCAAAUAAAUGAUGAUAGGACAUGAGUACUAUCAUCAAGGAACUCGUCUAUCUAUUGAUGGGUUGUAAGUGUUGUAAUAAUGUGGCAAGUUUUCCCAACUGCUUCCCAUCAAUUUAAGUGUGUAUGUCCAAACAAUAUAUUGUGUAUUUGCCCAAAAAAAAAAUAAAAAAAAUAGCACUGAGUCGAUGCCAUGAAUGAAAAAUUGAUGUUCUCUUUCUUA